AAUCACUCUGUAAAAACAUCACUCUCUCUCUCUCUCUCUCUCUCAUCUCUCUGUGGCAGAGGCAGAGCACUGAGUACUUAAGACCAGGUCCUUCCCCAAAUUAGUAUAAUCUCUGCAUCAUACCGAAACUCCUAGAUCUGAUUUCUCUUUCUGUCUCUCCGUCCUUCACAUUCUUCUUCUUCUUCCUCUUCUCUCUCUCCUUCUCCUUCAUUUCUGCUUCAAUCAGUCACUGGACCAAGCUCUCGCCGUUUCCCGCAUUCGCUUUCCGAUCCGGUGCCACUUCAGGAGGGGAGGUUAUCCAGUUUCCCUUGAAGUGAUACAUGCAACAUUGUUUUCAUACUUGGGUCAAAGUAUAUAAUUGAAAAACUUUAAAGCUUGAUAAAUGACGAGGGGAAGAUCCGAUGGAACACAGAAGAAGCGUUUAAUCGCUACCAUUUGUGUUGUGGCAAUAUUUCUUGGGUUUCUAUAUGCAUAUUAUGGAUCCAUUUUUGGCAAUCAAGACCGUGGUGCAUUAGCUCUGCAGCGUGGCAGCAAAUCCUUGAGCCAUUUUUUGAUGGGGAAUGAAGACUCUGAAGAAUCUUCAACUGCAGCUGAGCAGGAAGAUGUGGAAGAUGAUGUCGUACCAAAAAGUUAUCCUGUCUGUGAUGACCGGCAUUCGGAAUUAAUUCCCUGCUUAGACAGACAUCUCAUAUAUCAAAUGAGAUUGAAACUGGACCUUACUUUAAUGGAACACUAUGAAAGACACUGCCCACCACCAGAGAGGCGGUUCAAUUGCCUGAUUCCUCCUCCAGCAGGAUAUAAGGUCCCAAUUAAGUGGCCAAAGAGCAGAGAUGAAGUGUGGAAAGCAAAUAUACCUCAUACUCAUCUCGCACAUGAGAAAUCUGAUCAAAACUGGAUGGUUGUCAAAGGUGAAAAGAUUGUGUUCCCUGGAGGAGGUACUCAUUUUCACUAUGGAGCUGAUAAGUACAUUGCUUCAAUUGCAAAUAUGCUCAACUUUUCAAAUGAUAAUCUAAAUAAUCGAGGAAGAUUGCGUACCGUUCUUGAUGUCGGUUGUGGUGUCGCAAGUUUUGGAGGAUAUCUUCUCGCUUCUGAUAUUAUAGCAAUGUCCUUAGCACCAAAUGAUGUUCACCAAAAUCAAAUUCAGUUUGCCUUGGAAAGAGGAAUUCCUGCAUACCUUGGUGUUUUAGGAACCAAGAGGCUCCCUUACCCAAGCAGAUCUUUUGAACUUGCACACUGUUCUCGUUGUCGUAUAGAUUGGCUUCAGAGAGACGGGAUUCUUCUUCUUGAGCUAGAUAGAUUACUUAGACCUGGAGGUUAUUUUGCUUAUUCAUCACCAGAAGCAUAUGCACAGGAUGAAGAGGAUCUCAGAAUAUGGAGAGAAAUGAGUAACCUUGUGAGUCGUAUGUGUUGGAGAAUUGCUGCAAAGAGGAAUCAGACUGUGAUUUGGCAAAAACCUCUAACAAAUGAGUGUUAUCUACAAAGAGAACCUGGGACUCGUCCCCCUCUCUGCCGAUCUGAUGAUGAUCCUGAUGCUGUUUGGGGUGUGCAGAUGGAAGCUUGUAUCACUCCUUACUCUGACCAUGAUCAUAAAGCCAAGGGCAGUGGAUUGGCUCCUUGGCCAGCUCGAUUAACUUCACCUCCUCCACGACUUCAGGAUUUUGGCUAUUCAACUGAAAUGUUUGAAAAAGACAUGGAAAGUUGGCGGCGUAGAGUCGAGAGUUACUGGAAUCUAAUGAGUCCAAAGAUCGAAGCGGAUACUGUUAGGAACGUGAUGGACAUGAAGGCAUAUAUGGGAUCAUUUGGAGCUGCUCUGAAGGACAAGAAGGUUUGGGUGAUGAAUGUUGUUCCAGAAGAUGGACCGAAUACUCUGAAGUUGAUAUAUGACCGAGGCCUCAUAGGCACUACUCAUAACUGGUGCGAAGCCUUCUCAACAUAUCCUCGUACAUACGAUCUGCUCCAUGCAUGGACCGUCUUCUCCGACAUCGAGAAGAAAGAAUGUAGCGUAGAGGACCUGUUGCUCGAGGUGGACCGCAUACUCAGACCCACAGGUUUUAUCAUUAUCAAGGACAAGCAAUCUGUUGUAGAUUUGAUAAAGAAGUACCUACCUGCAUUGCACUGGGAAACAGUGGCUCACGCCGACGCCAACUCGGAUUCUGAUUUGGAGAGUGACGAAGUCGUGUUUAUCAUCCAGAAGAAACUGUGGCUGACAAGCGAGAGUGUCAGGGAUUCAGAAUAAGACCAAAAGAACCGUCUUCUUUACAAUUCCCUGUUGCUGUUAAAUUUUCCGGCGCCCAUCGCCGCCCAGAGGGAUCAGAUGACCAGCAAGCAAGUCAAGAGCAGAGAUGCCAGUAAAAAUGGUUCCUUCUGUUCAUUAACGAGAUAUUUCACAUUUCUAUUUAUUUACUCGUGUAAUGCUUUAAUUGAUAAUCCAUAGAGGAUGGAUAUUCUUCAUAUUUUUUCCCCCUUUUGCUGUCUGUUUUGGGCCAUUGUCUCUAGUCUGCCUAAGUUAUUUGAUUAUUAAUUGAAGAAUGGAAGAUUUGGCCUGAAGGUCAUAGGAAUAUAUAACUCUUUCUUCAGUGAUAUAUAAGCUUAUUUUCUCUCCUUUAA